AUGACAGGCCAAUAUACUGGAAACAUACACCAUAGCGGUGUGGGAGCGCCGCUCGGGAGCUGCAGUCGUAAUCCAGCCGUAGCGUUCCAGAGCUCCUGCACGCCGUUCCCUUAUUACCAGUGUCAUGGGAACACGGCGAUGCCUGUCCAACCGAUACAGCUUCCUUCUACGUCUUAUUACCAGCCUAGACGUCGAGGCACCUCCGGCGGACAGCGUCACCCACCUCAGCCGUAUGCCUCUUCCGACAACAGGCAGGGGUCUAUGCGCAACAAUGAUCGCACACAUGGUUCGGCUUUCAAAUUAGGAUGUGAGGUAUGCAGCAUGUACUUCAGAUCGGCUACAGAGCUCUCGGACCAUAUCGAGGAGACGCACGUCCAUUGCGAUGUGGAAGGUUGCGACUACUCGGCCCCCGUGGACUUGAUGUCGGUUCACGCUCUUAAGCAUGUGACGAACCAAAAUGGAGAGUCCGUGCUGGAAUCUGCUGACGAGAUUCGCAAAUGGGUCACGAAUCGCCGUAACCGCCAUCCGUUGAAUCGUUCCCGUGAUGUUGGUACAACAGAGGAUUCCACGCUUGAGCGUUUAUUACGGGACGCUCAUCGGAAGGCCAGGCAAGACCACCCGACCAAGAGCUUUCUAUGCCCAGUAAUUUCGAAGGUUCGCCCUCGUCCAAGUGCCCUGCUUCACCUUAGCGACCCUGUGAAAUAUCGCAACUUGCUACGCCAAUCAUCGGGUCCUUACUCCUACAGACCAUCACUUUCAAUGAAUCGUACGGUCUGUCAGAACUUCAAACGCACGCGUACGUGCAAGUUCGGGGAUAGGUGCCAGUAUUCUCACGACCUGCAGCUCGGGGGUCUCCGUGACAUGAGUGUCACCAAGCGCCCACCGACGUUGCUUCACGUGAUAAAAAACGACAUUUAUAAGACGGAAAAACUGUUGGUGAACGCUAUCAAGACGUUAGUAAGCCAGAAUUUUUUCGACGACAGUCCAGGUGUUAUUCCUUCUGGCGGUCUGCAUUUUCAGCAAUUCUUGCGUCCUAUGCAAAAAUGUGUAAGCAUCAAGAACUAUGCGGGAUCAGUGGUUGCUGUGGAUGCCAUGUGCUGGAUCCAUAGGGGCAUGAUUUCUUCUGCCGUUGCCAACGUAACCGGAGAUUCGUGUGACAAAUACAUCAAAUUUAUCAUUUCGAUUCUCUCUGUCCUUCUGUCGCAUAAGAUCACUCCCAUCAUGGUAUUCGACGGAUACGAGAUGCCCUCCAAGGAACUUGAGAAUCAGAUGCGUCGCGAACGCCGGGACAAGGCUCGUGAAGAGGCCUUAUCAAUGAUUAAGAAGAACGGAGGAAAAAUCAACACAGAGAUAAUGCGUAAGUGCAUGCAAGCCAUAAGUAUCACUCCUGAGGUGAUUGCACGUGUGAUGCAACUUUGCCGUGAGAUGAAUGUGCGGGUGGUAGUGGCUCCCUACGAGGCUGAUGCCCAAGUCGCUUACUUAUGUCGCUCGGGUAUUGCGCAUAGCGCGCUUUCUGAGGAUUCUGAUCUCCUGGCCUACGGCUGUCCUCGUGUAUGGUACAAGCUUGAGCGAGACGGUAAGGCCGACGAGCUGACUCUUGGUUUCGGCAGCGAUCCUGAUGUGAAGUGUAAGAGCGGUAUGUUGAAGGGACUUAGUCACCGAAUGUUCGCUGCGAUGUGCGUGCUCAGCGGCUCCGAUUACGAUAACGGUUGCCACAUUCACGGUAUGGGCAUAAAACUUGCACAUAGGUUCAUUCUACAAUACGAAACUAUUCCCGCUGUGAUGGACGCGCUCGUAGGGAAUGCUUCUUGGUCCAAGAAAUUGCCUACCCAAGUAACCGUGAAACAGCUGGUGACUCAUUAUAUGAACGUCUCGCAGAUCUUUUUACACAACGUUGUGUACGACGUUCGCAGUGACAAACUAAUACACAUCAUUCCGAUUGCUGCGGAAGAGUCUAAUAUGGACGUCGUCGUGGAUCUUUGUCAGCGGUUGCGUCAGAAGGAGGUGAACUUCCGCGAAGUAUCCGAGGGUCACAUCAACCCUCGCAACGGGGAGCCCAUGUCGUACGAAAUGUCUGAUAAAGAUCGCGAAUUGAUUGAUGGUAUACAAUUCGUCGACGUUAAGACCCUGCGUAUUUCAACGUCGGGUGUUUUGCAAAAAACAAUCGACGCAUUACUGGACUACUCCGCUACUGCGACCUCCGAUGACUAUGGCGUUAUAACUCACACGCCUAGUGACAGUCAGGAAUACGUGACAACUGCCGACAAUGAUAAUACCGCUCGUUGCGACACAGCAAGCGAGGCUACGUUUGACAUUGUGAAACAGACGCCCACAGACGAGUCCACCGCUUCCAUCUCUACAUGCGACGACUUCGAAGGAGUUAGCAGCUUGCAAAAGAGGAAGCUGCGUGCUCUUAUAGACUCCUCAGAGAGAGUUGUAUCGGUACGUCCGAGGCGCCGUUGUGCUACCAAGACGAAGGCUUAG